GCCAGGGGCAUUACCGUAAAACCAAAUUUUACAACGUCUCUCUCCGAAAUAUAGCCGUUACAGUUUCCAAUUGUAAGAUUUAGAGCAAACCCUAAAAAUUGACUCCACUGCUUUAUAAGAUCCCUAAUUUCGUACAUUCUCGAUCACCCAAUCUACUCUCGAUUCUCAUCAUCUGCGACGAAAUUCAUCACUCGCUCUCUCUCUGCUCGGAACGAUUCCCUCUUCGCUAGCUUUAUUUGAUUCGUAUUUGUCUGAUUUCGUUUAAUCUUCUAGAUCUUUUAAUAUUCGUUUCUUUUAUCAUCGCUUUUGUGUGUUUUGCUCUGUUUUCUUGUUUUUGUUUGGUGAUAAUGGAUGCAGGUAUGAACAACACUUCUUCUCACUACAAGACGCAGGCUCGUUGCCCUCUUCAAGAACACUUUCUUCCCAGGAAACCUUCUAAGGAAAACCUGGACAGGUUCAUACCGAACAGAUCAGCGAUGAAUUUUGACUAUGCUCACUUUGCCCUCACUGAAGGAAGAAAAGGUAAGGAUCAGACUGCAGCGGUAAGUUCACCAUCCAAAGAGGCCUACAGGAAGCAAUUGGCUGAGACCAUGAACUUGAACCACACAAGGAUUCUCGCCUUCAGAAACAAACCUCAGGCUCCUGUCGAACUGCUUCCCAGCAAUCACUCUGCUUCUCUUCACCAACAGCCCAAAUCUGUAAAGCCUCGUCGAUACAUUCCUCAGACUUCUGAGAGGACCUUGGAUGCACCUGACAUUGUUGACGAUUUCUACCUCAACUUGCUGGACUGGGGAAGUGCAAAUGUCUUAGCCAUAGCGUUGGACCACACUGUCUACUUGUGGGAUGCUUCCACUGGUUCUACAUCUGAGCUUGUGACCAUUGAUGAGGAGAAGGGACCUGUCACAAGUAUCAACUGGGCUCCUGAUGGUCGUCAUGUUGCAGUUGGACUCAACAACUCUGAAGUCCAGCUGUGGGAUUCUGCAUCCAACCGUCAACUGAGAACAUUGAAGGGUGGUCACCAGUCACGAGUAGGAUCACUGGCAUGGAACAAUCACAUCCUUACUACUGGAGGAAUGGAUGGACUGAUCAUCAACAAUGAUGUGAGGAUCAGAUCACCCAUUGUGGAAACUUACAGAGGUCACACUCAAGAAGUUUGUGGGCUCAAGUGGUCAGGAUCUGGACAACAACUAGCAAGUGGUGGCAACGACAAUGUGGUACACAUCUGGGAUCGUUCUGUCGCUUCCUCAAACUCAACCACACAAUGGCUGCACAGGCUUGAGGAACAUACAUCUGCUGUGAAGGCUCUUGCGUGGUGCCCUUUCCAAGCGAAUUUGCUUGCAACUGGUGGUGGUGGAGGAGACAGGACGAUCAAGUUCUGGAAUACUCACACUGGGGCUUGCUUGAAUUCAGUAGACACUGGUUCCCAAGUUUGUUCGUUGUUAUGGAGCAAGAAUGAAAGAGAGUUGCUUAGCUCACACGGGUUUACACAGAAUCAGCUCACACUUUGGAAGUAUCCAUCCAUGGUGAAAAUGGCUGAGCUCACUGGUCAUACAUCAAGAGUUCUAUAUAUGGCCCAGAGUCCAGAUGGUUGUACCGUAGCUUCAGCAGCAGGAGAUGAGACUCUGAGGUUCUGGAAUGUUUUUGGAGUACCAGAGACCGCCAAAAAAGCUGCUCCAAAAGCAGUUUCCGAGCCAUUUUCUCACGUGAAUCGUAUUCGUUGAAGCUGUGAAGACUGACGGACAAGGAAACCCAUGAUACAGAUGCAAAAUAUUCAUUUUUUUUGCAUCUGAUUCAUUCUUCAUGAAUUGUAGUGACAAGAAAAGUGCAUAUUGUACAAUUAUAUAUAUGUAAAUGAUAUAUAUUGUUGAGUCAAACUUAUUUGCUUGCAUUUGAAUAGAAAGAAAGAUCUUGAUUAUAUAUGUCAGAUGAUACAAGAAGCAGGAGCAUUAAGUACUGUAAACUGUAAGAUGAUAAUUGUAACUACAUCAAAAUAGACAUUGAAACCACACUAACCUAAUCACAUUAGUGUGUAGAAACAUGUGUUCGAUUAGGGAUUUUGGAAGAUUUUAUUUUUUCCGCUAGCUUAUGUAAUUUCAG